AUGGAAGAUCAAUGUGUUAAAAUGAAUGAAGAAAUUGAUGAAAGGCAUCCAUUAUGGCUUGUGUUACCAGAAGAAUUAAAAGAUAUUGAUCCUCAAUCUAUUUUUCAUGAUUUUAAUAAAGAAAAACCUCUUCGUUUUGGGCGAAUGAUGCAACCAUUAAUGAAAGAAAGUUCUAAACUUGAAAUUUGGUGGCAAUGUAAACAUUUUUAUAAAAGAACAAAACAGGCACAAAUAGAAAGUAAUGAAGAAAAUAAAGAAGAUGAUAAAACAAUACCAAAAAAUAUUACUGAAGAUGAUGUUGUAUUUGAUGAUCUUUAUUUAUUACGAAUGCCAACUGAUUCUUUAGGACAAUUUCAAAAAGUUCAAGAUGUUAGUGAUGACGAAGAAGAAAUUACUCCAUGGAGAAAUGGUCCUUCAAAAAUUUGGUUUGAUAGUCUAAAUUUACCCAAUAAUGCCACUUCAGAUGAUUUAUUAGAAAAAUUAAAAAAAAGUAUACCAUCAGAGGAAUCUAUAAAAGGUAUGCGUGAAGCUAAAGAACAUGAAGCAAAGAUAAUUAGAAGUUUAAAUACACCAAUAACUAGAAAAUGGUCUAAAUAUAUGAAUCAUAAAGCUUUUCUUCCUGUUAAUUUAAUUAACUGGGAAGAAAAUAUUGUAUAUGAUGAAAUUCAGGGUAGAAAAGUAUUUAUGAAAAAGUAUGGAAAAGGUCGUAUGCCAGAAUGUGGUUGGAUUCCAACAUCAAAAACUAAGUCCUACGAAAGUUGGGUUAAUUUUAUUAAAUGUAAUUCUAUUGAAAUGUUACUACUAAAUAAUCCUAUUGUUGAUGUUACAUUUGACAGUCAAAAUGAAAAAAAUUUAUUAAAUGAAAAAGUUUCAAUGUUUCCAUUUGAUAAUUAUGAAUUUAAAAAUACUAGAUGGGAAGAUGAUAUUAUUUAUGAUCCCAUUAAUCUUGAGAAAAUGCCAGAACCAAAAGUUUUGGUAGUUGAUUUUAAAGAUGAUCCUAGAGCUUAUGGAAUACCACAAGAUUGUGCCCCUGAGAGUGUUCCUAAUGAAGAAGGUGGAUUAAAUACUUCAGAUACUCCAUUUUCUCCCGUUAGGGGUGACAAAAAUGCACCAGCUCCAACAAGAAAAUCAAAGAUGAUUCUUAGUCAGGUGCAACAACGCCAAAAACAAGAAGAAGAAGAACAGAUGGAAAAUACAAUGGCCCGCUUUAAUGAUAAAGAUCCUUUUAAUUUAAGUUGUGAUGAAUAUUAUUGUGCUUCAAAUAAAAGGAAACUUCAUAAUACUGAUAUUGUCAUUCAACAUUCAGUCCCAGCGCAAAACAUUAGUGCACUAUUUUUCCCAACAUAUUUAACUGUCGAAAAAUUGAGAAUGUUCCAUCGUGUUCCAAUAGAAGCUAUGAAUAGAAGAUUCUUGAGAACACUAUUUCAUGGAAGGUUUAUACCGAUAAAAGGACUAACAAAGUAUAUUCAAAAAAAAGAGCAAGAAAGAAAUGAUAUAAAACAAGCUGAAGGAGGAGGUGAUUACUUUUUUAUGCGUGAACCAAAAGAUUUAAGUGGUAAGGAUGGAACACUAGUUCUUUUAGAAUAUAUGGAAGAACACCCACCUUUACUUAGUCAACCCGGUAUGGCAAGUGUCAUAAGGAAUUACCAUCGUAGAAAACCGGGUGUUGAUCCUGAAGUAAAAAUGGAUUUUGGUUCAUUAACGUACACUCACUCAUCACCUUUCUUAGGAAAUAUUCCUCCUGGUACAACAAUUCAAAGUAUUGAAAAUAACAUGUAUUCAGCCCCAAUUUUUCAACAUAAACCUAAAUAUUCAGAUUUUCUUUUAAUUAGAACAAAGGAAGGAUUUUUUAUUAGAAAGCACCCGGCGCUUUUUGUUGUUGGGCAAGAACAUCCUUCUUUUGAAGUCCCUAGUCCAAAUUCUAAAGCUGCUACUAACUUUUUUAAAGAUUUUAUUAUGGCAUUUAUAUAUAGACUUUUUGUUAAUUCAACAGAAAAUCCAAAAAGAAUAAAGAUUGAAGAUAUUAGGCAGGCUUUUCCAAAUCAAGCUGAACCUUCAAUUCGUAAAAGAUUAAAACUUUGUUCAGAUUUUAAACGAUUUGAUAAAGGAAAUGAAUCAAAUUAUUGGGUUUUGCGAGAUGAUUUUAGGUUACCAUCUAUUGAAGAAAUAAAAGCAAUGGUUACACCGGAAAUGUGUUGUGCUCAAUAUUCUAUGAUGACAGAGGAAAGAAGACUUCAAGAUGCCGGUUAUCGUGUUAAAAAUAAUGUAAUCCAGGAAAAAGAAAAUGAUAGUGAAGAUGAAGUAGCUCUUGAAGAUGAACAAAAAAGUGCUUCAUGGAAUACAACAAGAGCCUUUUUACUUGCAAAAUCAGGUAGAUGUGUACUUGAUAAUUCUGGUAUUGCUGAUCCAACAGGAAAGGGAUAUGGUUUUUCAUUUGUACGUGUUAGUUCAAAACCACCUAAAGAGGCAAAAAAAGAUGAAGCUCCUGGUCCAAAGAAGUUAGUAACUGGAACAAAUGCUGAUCUUAGAAAGUUACCUUUAAAAGAAGCCAAAGAAAUUUGUAGGUCUUAUGGAUUGACUGAUGAAGAUUUGAGUAAAUUAACAAGAUGGGAAAUUAUUGAUGUGAUAAGAUCAUUAAGUACACAAAGUGUUGGUAAAAAUGAAAAUGGUGGUUUGUCAAGGUUUGCUAGAGGUAAUGUUAAGUUUAAUUUCUCUGAUAUGCAAGAUAAAUUUAAAAAACAUUGUAAAGAGAUAUGGGAAAAACAGGUUGAAAUGUUAUCAAAUACAGAAGAACCACCAACAGAUGAUGGUGAAACUGGUGAAGAAAGUGAAAAUGAAGAAGAAAAGAAAGUUCAAGAAAAAUUAGAAAGCAAAGAGUUGACUGAAAAAGAAAAAAGACAAUUAGAAUAUGAAAGAGAAGAGCGUGAAAGGAAAGAAUUUAAAAAUGCUCUUGAAAAUGGUAGUGAUUCCCUUCUGGAAAAUAAUAGUUUUAAGAAUGAAAAGAAAAAGAAGAAAAAUGAUGAUGAAGAAUGGGAAAAUAAAAAAUUAAUUAUUAAUCGAGUUGUUAGAUUUGGUGACCGUCCAGAUGAGAGAAGAAGUGAAACAGUUACUGAUCCUGAAGUGAUUAAAUAUUAUGUUAAAAUUAAGCAAAAUAAAGAUUUUGCUUAUAUUAAGGCGUUUGCUGAAGCUGAUGAUGACUACAAAGAAGAAAAGAGACGUGAAAAACGUCGAUUAAAGGAUAAAUUAAGGAGAAUUCAAACAAAGAGUAAAACAUUAAAAGAAAAUGACAAUAAAGAUAAUAGUGAAAAGAAAGAACCAAAGCCAGUUGCCAUUAAAGAAAGUCUUUUAAAGAUGAAAUGUAGUGCUUGUGGAGAAUUAGGGCAUAUGAAAACAAAUAAACAUUGUAAUUUGUAUGGGCAAAGAGAAACAAAAAUAGGAGAUAUAUGUAAGACUAUUGAUGAUUCUCUCAAUGAUGAUGAUUCACGCCUUAGUGCUAAUGGUUCUGUUGUAUUAGAUGGCUUCAAAAUGAAAAUUCCUAAAACAAUUGUUCAAAAAAAAGGUAAAGUUCCAAAAAUUGCGAUUCCAAAAAGUGCAUUGUCUAAAGCAAAAGGUGAUGAAUCAUUACAAAGUACUUUAGGUGGCAUGAAUGAUGAUACAAAUGAUUCACCUGCCUAUUUUACGGAUAUUUCUUUAGAACAGACAAUUCAUGAUAGUGAUAUAGAUAAUUUCACAGAUGUUGACAUGAUGGAAGAUUCUGCUCCUCAACCACCAGCACCUAUAAAACGUGGACCAGGAAGGCCCCCCUUACCUGCUACAUUAGCUAAAAGAAAAGCAUUGGAGGGUUGUGAUUAUUUAGCUAAACCUGUUAAAAAUGUUCAAAGAAGAAGAGCAGAUCCUAGAGUAAGUAUGGCUACUAUUCUUACUGAAGUAAUGAAUGAAAUUAAAAAUGUUCCUGGUUAUGUUUUCUUUAAUAAACCUGUAAGUGAAAAAAUUGUUAAAGACUACUAUACCAUUGUCAAAAAUCCAAUUGAUCUUCAAACAAUUAAAAAGAAAAUAGAUAAUCAUGAAUAUGAAUUGAGAAAAACAUUUAUUGAAGAUUUAAAAUUACUUGUUGAUAAUUCUAUGUUAUAUAAUGGUAUUAAAUCAGAAUUUACAAUGACUGCAUGCAAAAUUUUUGACGUUGCAAAAGAAAAAAUUUCACUUAAUGAUGAUCGAUUGAUAGAACUUGAAAAACAAAUUAAUCCUCUUUUGGAUGAUAAUGAUAUUGUAGGCUUUUCUUAUAUACUAGGAAAAACAGUUCAACAAUGCAAACUAGUUCCAAAAUCAACUGCCUUUCAUGUUGAAGUUGAUAGGCAUAAAAAUCCAUCAUAUUAUUGUUAUAUCUUGAAACCAAUGCAUCUUGGAUUGUUAGAAAAUAACGUUGAAAAAAGGAUAUACCCAACAGUUGAUUCAUUUUUAGUUGAUGUCAGAUUAAUAUAUGAAAAUAGCAAAACUUUCAAUACUGAAAAUCAUGAUCUCACAAAAAAGGCUGCUGAAAUAGUCAGAAGAGCUAUUAAAUACUUAAGAAAGUAUGAAAAUGAUUUAAGGGAACUUGAGUCAAACAUUAUUGAACAAAAAGCCAAAGAAGGAGUAACUUUACAAAUGUCUUCAUUCUUCUUACAAAGGCAACCAGAAGAAGUUGAAGAGGAACAGCCAAUAGUAGAAAUUGAUCCAACGUUCGGAGAUCUUGAAUUGAGUGACACCGAUGAAGAAGGUGAUGAAUAUGAUACACCUGAAAUUAAAAAACCUCGUUUCGAAGAUUCUACUAUUUAA